AUGAAUAAAGAUAAUUUUACAAAAUGGGUUACGGAGAAGUUGAUUCCUAAUCUUACAAAACCUUCUCUAAUUGUCAUGGACAACGCCAAGUACCAUUCUGUACAACUAAACAAACCACCUACACAAGCCGACCGUAUUGCUGUUAUAAAAGAAUGGCUUCAAUCAAACAAUAUCCCUUACGACAAUAAUUGUCGUAAAUGUAAAUUACUGGAAGCAGUGAAAAAUUAUAAGUCUGAACCUAAAUAUCAGAUAGAUGAGAUUUUAAAAUCACACGGCCACGAAGUCUUGAGGCUCCCACCAUAUCAUUGUACGUUAAACCCCAUAGAAUUAAUCUGGGGAAUAAUGAAACAAAAAGUUGCGGGUAAAAACGUCAAUAGACCUGCAAGUGAUAUAAAAUCUUUAACAGAAGAAGCUUUUUCUCAAAUAGGGAUCGAUAAAUGGCGAAAAUCUUGUGAACAUGUAAUAAAAAUUGAAAAUCAGCUCAUAGAACAGGAUCGAUUAAUUGAGAUGCAGGAGGAAUUUUAUAAUCAACACUUACAAAACAUUGACCCUUUUGGCUGCUCAAUAAGUAUUUAUAAGAGGAGUGUACGACAGCAGCUGAUGGAAAUAUUAUAA